AUGACUACUACGACGAUAGAAUCCACCACCAUUCAAGCUCCCGCCGUGGACCUUGAACAGUACGCCUAUAAGAAUCUCAAGCCCUACACACACCCACCGGAAACCAAAGCCGAUCUACCCUGGGCUGAGUUGGUCACUCUCGAUCUCGAGGAUUACCACCGCCCAGGAGGCAAAGAACGUCUGGCCAAACAGCUCGAACAUGCCGUCCACCACGUCGGAUUCUUCUACGUCAAGAACUUUGGUCUGAGCCAGGAACAAGUAGAUCAGCAAUUCACCCUAGCACAGAAUUUCUUUGAGCUCCCCGUCGAAGAGAAGGAGAAAUACGAGGUCAACUAUGGCGCAGCUGAUUACAAUGGCUGGCGCCGACCUGGACGAUAUGUUGCUGCCAAUAACGCAAGAGAUAACAUUGAGAUGUAUAAUUUUGCCAAAUUUACCAAGGACUUUGAAGGCAGAUAUAAUCAUCCCGACUUGAUUAAAGCUCAUUUAUCGGAGAUCGAGGUGUUCCAUCGUGCCUUGCAUGCUAAUGUGGUGCUACCUUUGUUACGGCUCUUUGCUAUUAUCUUAGAGUUACCGGAUGAAGACUACCUUGUCAAGCAGCAUACCUACGAAGAAAAGAGUGAGGACCACUUCCGAUACAUGCUAUACUAUCCUCGCACAGAAGAGGAAUGGGAAGCAAAUAAUUAUGGCAAGGGUGGAGGUCACACAGAUCUCGGUACAGUCACCUUACUUUUCCGUCAACCCGUUGCUGGCCUACAGAUCUUGGGCGAAGAUAAUAACUGGACCUAUGUCUCUGCUCAACCGGGCACUAUUACCGUCAACCUCGCGGAUACCAUCUCUCAUUUGACCGGUGGUUGGUUGAAGAGCUCUGUGCACCGGGUUGUUGCGCCUCCAGAGGAUCAACGGCAGUAUAAGCGGACGGGUUUGCUUUACUUCGCUCGCCCACAUAAUAAGACUGUGCUUGAGCCCAUUACAGAUUCCCCGGUGUUGCAGAGGGCUGGAGUGAAGCCUCGAUUCGAGAAAUUGGUUACCAUGGAAGAGUGGGUGAGGGCUAAACAGACUUUGCAGCUCAAUCCAGAGAUUGCGAAGAAACGUUGGGCAGAGAAGGGAGAUGGGACCGUGGAAGUUCUUGCUGGAUUUCAUGAUAGGAAGUACAAGGAGUAA